AUGGAAUUGAACAGUCCUGAGGAGGAAGCUGAAUUAAAAAAGUUAAAGGAGCUGGAAAAAUCCACAGACCAGCUCUCCCACAAACUGGAAGAAAUUAAUGCAGAGCUGACAGGCAUUCAGAAUGGGUUCCUAGCCCGAGAUCUUCAAUCAGCUGCAUUAAGCAAAUUAGAGAAGAAGGUGAAGACCACAUCUGAACAGUGUAUGAAGUUUCUUGAACAGAUUGAUGCUAUGAGUUUGCCUGAUGACUUUAGUGACUGCAGACAUAGGAGGAAAGGUCUAGUAAAGAAUGUACAGAAUUACUUGGCUCAGUGUGACAUCAUUGAAACAAAUAUCUCACAGGAACUAGAAAAGCUUCAAUCAAAGAACCUCACUCUUGCUGACUGAUUUUACAGAAAAUAACAAAGGAGUAUAAUAGUAAGGAACCACCCUGUCUAGAUUUUGCUAUUUAAUCUAAAGAACUAUUAAAUUAUUCACAACCUGGUGUAAGAAAUGAUUUGGAGUGGAAACUUUGUAAUAAAGGUAACAGAUUGCUUUCCAGGACAGUAACACGUUUACUCUGAUAAUUACCUCCUACAUCAUCACAUCAGAAGGUUCUCUAUUACUACAAAGACACCAGGUUGUAUGUGGUUGGCACGAAAUAAACUUUUUUGUAUUCUAGCCGUACGAUGGACUACUUGCAUGUGGUAAUUAGUCAAAAGGGCAUACCUUAAUAAAUUACUUCAUUUAAUUCA